CUCUGGAGACUGACAGAAUGUCUGGAGCACCAGCUCUGGAAACUGAAGUCCCCUAACGACAGAAUGGGGCUGUGAGUCACUCUGAGGAAACCAUAUAAAAGUGUAUAAAAACUAAUACAGUCUGUUCUGCAGAAUGACUAACAGUAUGAAGUGUAGUCAGCGAUUGCUUGUUGGUUUGCUGGUUCUGUCAUGUGUGUUCAGUGUCAGUGUGAGCCAACACUGGUCAUAUGGUUGGCUGCCUGGGGGAAAGAGGAGUGUGGGUGAACUAGAAGCAACAUUUAGGAUGGUGGACGCAGGGGAUGCAGUUGUUCCUCAAGACUCUCCAUUAGAGCAACUAUCAUCAUUGAAAAUUCAGCUGAAUGAAGUGAACUCUGAGGCUCUGAAAAGGAAGAGAAUACCCUACAGAAGAUGGCAGGAAGCAGAAUAAAGUAGUGGUAAGCAGAGUACCCAUCACAUCCCUCUGCACUGAAGAUGGAAUAAAGCUAUUCUAUU